AAGACCUACAGACAAAAGACGACACGUGUUCAUACCUGCAAGAGUGAAUCAACAGUGGCAUUAGUUCUACGUACCUUUUUUUUGAACUAUGUGACAUUUCUCGUUAUAUUUUAUAAAAAGUGAACCUAGAAAAUUAGUUCCGAUAUAAACGUAAAUCACAAACAGUAUCGUGUUAUAGUGUUGACAAGCAGAUUUCCAUGUUCUGUUCGGCCAUGAGGCCCAAGUGAACGACAUCACAUGCAUGCAGACCUACAUCUUCUUGAUUGCAAGUGGAAGUUGGAGACAACAGCCCUGCGAAGUUGAAUUUAUUUCCUGUUCCUGCAAACGCAUAUUUAAGAGCCCGUGGCGUAAGACGAACGGAUGAACGGCAACUGACUGAAGUGAUUUCGAGAAGAAUUGUCCUGCAGAAACCGAGGGGAAUCUCCAAGAUCCUAACAAUCCUCAAUAUGGAAAUAAAAGGAAGUGAAUGGAUAACAGAAGACACGAAGAAGAGCAAUAUUCACAUAGGACAGAAAAAUCCCCAUGCUGUGUCAGGGGAGCAAACAAAAAAGAAUAUAGCAAAGAGAAAAGGAGGAGAAAAGUUACUGGAAGGAGGAAAGAGUAAUGAUAUUGAACAAGAACCAAAACAGAAGAGAAAGAAGAAGAAAAAUAAGGCAAAGAAAGCCCAGAAGAUGCAAGCAGUGCAAAAAUCAGACAGAAACAUAGAAAAAUGUAUCAGUUAUCUAAAAAGAUGGCAUGAAGAUCGACAGAACUGGAAGUUUGAAAAGUUAAGACAGAUAUGGUUAUUACAAAAUAUGCUUGAUCCUUCAAAGGUUCCAGAUUCAAGUUUCAAAAUACUAGUGGACUAUAUUUCUGGCACUCGAGGGCAUGCAAGACAGAUGAUUGUGGAAAAGACUAUGAAAGUGAUAAAAGCAAUGGAGCUAUGGUCAAAACUCUCAGAAGAAGGUUUGAAAGAGGAAGAUAUUGCUAUCCAAGUCCCAGAUGGAAAAGUUCCAGAAGUGAUGUACGAACGGUCAAGAUCAAUUCUUCAAUCUCUUGAUGAUGUGUAAUAAGUUACUUUCUAAUAAAAAUCAUCUGUGCAAAGAG